CUGGACCCAGAAGGGCAAAGUGCAAACUAGUAGCCGAGAAAUCCACUUUGAAUACGCUCCAGUCUGACACACUCCAGCAAAGCUCUCCGCAGGAGACGCCAGGUGAAAAGGUGUCGCCCACCCUGACGACCUUCCAGGAUUAGAACUCGAAUGCACUGGUGAAGACCCCGGGCGUUAAGUCAGCAUGGCGACCGGACAGCCAACUAACGCUAUUGGCGUGAGGCACAGGAGCGUUUUAGCCCAUACGCCGGAUGGGAUGGCCAGUCUUGAUAAUAAGCAAAUAUGCUCUCCUGCAGCUGGUAGUGAUUACAGUGCAAAAAUGGAGGAUGUGGCGCAGUGGCACAAACAUGCGCAGAGGGUGAAGGUGAAGAUCCUGCAGCAGGUCCAGGAUCAGCUGAGUGAUAUUCUAGAAAAGGCGCUGACCGAGCCUGUCCAUGCAUCAGUCAAUGGGAAGACGGCGAAAACUGGUUCAUCCAGGAUGGACGACGGCAAAGUGUUUAUGGACCGAGUGUCACUGCUGGAUGAGCUGUUUGAGAUCAGCCACAUCAGGACCAUCUACCACAUGUUUGUAGCUGUGCUGCUCAUCUUCUGUGUCAGCACGCUGGCUGUGGACUACAUUGACCAGGGCAGGUUGGUCCUGGAGUUUGAUCUGCUCUUCUACGCCUUUGGUAAGCUGGGAACGGUCACCUGGGUGUGGGCGCUCAUGUUCGUCUACGCCCUGCUGGUUCCCUACUACGCUCUGCUCUUUUGGGGCUCUUUGUACCAUCGGUGCACCUCCAAGCCGGGGCUGUCUCUGGCCACAGCUCUGGUCCUGGCCACCCUCCAGAUCUCUGUUCUUGGACUGUUGCCCGUCUACGCGGUGGUGCGGCACCAGCUGCCGCCGGCCUCCCGGUUCAUCGUUAUACUCGAGCAGAUUCGAUUCCUGAUGAAGAGCUACUCGUUCAUGAGGGAAUCUGCCCCCAUCAUUAUGAAGAAUGCACCAAAAGAAGGGGAGAAAGUCCGCUUCCCGACAUGUUCCAGUUACCUGUACUUCCUUUUCUGUCCUACUCUCAUCUUCAGGGAGUCGUACCCAAGGAACACACACAUAAGAUGGAAGUACGUUGCCGUCACUGGAACGAUGAUCUUGGGCUGCCUGUUUUAUAGCUACUUCAUCCUGGUGCGCCUCUGUGUGCCUGUUUUCACGUCGGCGAGCGAGCAGCCGUUUAGCAAACGAGCCAUGGUCCUCGCUGUGUUCCACUCCAUACUACCAGGUAUCAUGCUGCUGCUGUUGUGCUUCUUCGCCUUCCUGCACUGCUGGCUCAACCUCUUCGGGGAGCUCCUCCGCUUCGCCGACAGAAUGUUCUACAAGGACUGGUGGAACUCGACGUCUUUCGCCAACUACUACCGCACGUGGAACGUGGUGGUGCACGACUGGCUCUAUUACUACGGCUACAGGGACUUCCUCUGGCUGUCUAAAAGGAAGUUCCGCACAGGCGCCAUGUUGUCCGUCUUCAUCGUGUCGGCCGUGGUGCACGAGUACGCCUUGGCCAUGGGCUUGGGAUUCUUCUAUCCUGUCAUGUUUUUUCUCUUUUCCAUCUUCGGAGUUGUCUUUAACUUCACCAUGAACGACAGGCGUCAGAGUCCCGUCUUCAACAUCAUCAUGUGGGCGUGUCUCUUCCUGGGUCAGGGCGUGCAGGUGUGCCUCUACUGCCAGGAGUGGUACGCGCAAAUACGAUGUCCUCGCACCGGGAAUAGCUUUUGGGAGCUGGUGACGCCUCGCUCCUGGUCGUGCAGCCACCGAAAAUGACCGGCGGAAGACGGAAAGUCGCAAGGGUCAAGAACGGUAUGAAGAAGGAAUGAACCAUCAUGGCAGUUACGGCUGCCCCAAUGACUUGAAUAUAUAUAUAUAUAUAUAUAUAUAUAUAUAUAUAUAUAUAUAUAUAUAAUAUACGGACACAUACUGUAUAUAAUUGUAACUUCAGUGUUUUUUUUAUAUUGUAUUUUACCCAGCGAAAAUAAGGUAUAAUUAUAUAUAAUUGUGUUUUAGUGAAAAAGGUCAUAAUAAUGAAAAUUAAGUGUUGCUUUUCACUUUUUUUUUUGUUUUAAAUAAUGUGAGAUUGAACUUGCCAUUUUAUGAGGAGUAAAAAAAAAUAAAAAUAAUUUUUUUUUAAAAAUUACAUUUUAACGAGUGAUUUCCAAAUUCACACACGUCCUUGCAUCUGCCCGAGUCCUCCGAGGGCAGAUGCCACCUUCAGGGAAAAAAUAUGACGCAACCAUGGAACAAAUGUUUAUCAUUAUAUAUUAGGAUAAAUAUUAGGUUGCCACGCCGUUGAUCUCUCUAUUCUACAGGUUGCCGCAUUGAAGACUUCUGUCAUGUUUACCGAAGCCAAAUGUACUGUCUAUUCUUGAAAGCUCUCACGCAUAAUUGAGUACCAAGAACAGUACAGUACAGUAUAAAUUUGCAAAGCACAUCGUUGGAAUAAAACAUGGUUGUCAUUGUUUUUCUACUUCAUUUAGAGUAAAUGUGAUCUGAUGACCAAUUUCA